GAGAGAAGAAGAGAGGGAGGAAGGGAAGUUACACCUCGUUAUAGAAACUGCAUCCACCAGGACGUUAGUGCCGUGAAAUUUGUCUAUUUGAUAAAGGAGAUUUGAGUUGUCUCGUUGGAAUGGAUUGUCGCAACGCACAGCGCUCCCAACCACAAGACGAGGAUAUCAUGGAUAUUCCCCUGGACGACCCUGAGGCCAACAAGGCCGCAGCCAAAAUCCAGGCCAGCUUUCGUGGCCACAUGACCCGGAAGAAGAUGAAGGAUGAAAAACCUCGAGAGGAGGUGCAUAAGAAGCAGCGGGAACGGAAGUAGCCGAGGAAGACGAUGGCGCCACCAUGACUGUGCAGCUGGGUCCCCGGGGUUGGCAUAAGAAUAGAACAGCAUGCCCACUGCAAUAAUAACCACCGCUAUCACCUGAGAUAUAAAAUAUCAAUGUAAAAAUAAGCAUAUACAUAUAUAAACUAGGUUUUCGGGGUGUGUCGUCUGGUCAGUGAGCUCGCUCACCAUUUUUCUGUUUCCUGCAUUAUCUAUCCAAUCAGGGUUGAUGUCCGUGACCUAAGCAUGCAUUUUUGUCUGUGUGUUUUAAAAAUAAUAAUAAUAUCACUGUUGCUGCACUCUGUGGAAAUAUAAGCACACGUUUAAAAAUGCCAGUGGGUUUAAUAUGUUUCUUUGGCGGGGGGAGGUGGGGGGAUCAUUCAUGUUAUGUACUGUUUAUUUUCACUUUACUACUUUACUGUCUUAUCAUAUAAAGAAUAUAAAUAUACAGGAUGAUGAGGGAAUUUUUCAUUCAGAUGACACGACGGAUGAAGGCUUUUUCUAAGUUACAGGGUGAUGUUGCUUUGACUGUUUAAUAAAGCAGAAAAUAAUUGCG